AUGGCAGAGGUGAACUCUGGCGCAAAAAUCGAGACUUCUGUCGUCUCGCUCAGUCCAGAUGGUCAGAGUGACGGAAAUCCUCCUCGUGCUAUUGCUUUUCCCGAUGAAGCAACCCCCUUCGAGGAGAAGUUGCCCACCGGUGGCAUUCGCCCCAAGGGCGUGGAGAUGAACAGGACCUUGACAAAGGAGGAGAAGGAGCUUGCUGACGCUGGAUACGGGCGUCUCGAAGAGCAAAAAGCUAUCCAUGCUGACCAGGAUCUAGGUCACGUCGACAUCACUGAGCAUGCGAUUCCUCUCAAUGACUUGAAUAACAAGCUAUCAACCUCAGUCGAUGUCAAGGAUCCGGGAAAUUCGAAUGGUUUAACCACCGACGAGGCCAAACAGCGUCUCGCUAAGAACGGACCAAAUAUUCUUACUCCCCCUAAGAAAAAAUCGGCCCUGCGCAAGUUAUUUAUAUAUCUGCACCUCCAGGAGAACUUCCAAAACACUUAUCUUGGGGGAAUUUUGAUAGCGGUAGCAUUUCUUAAUGCGUUUAUCGAUUGGUAUCAGGUUCAGAAGUCGGAAGCUAUCCUGGCUUCCUUUCUCGCUAUGAUCCCCCCUUCGUGCCGCGUACUUCGGGAUGCAACCAUUCAGACAAUACCUGCGGCCGACUUGGUUACAGGCGACGUCGUCCUACUGCGCGUGGGCGACAAGACUCCGGCUGACAUGAUUAUUUUUUCUGCUAUCGACCUCAAGGUAGAUAACAGUAGCUUGACGGGAGAGUCAGAGCCCCAGGAACGUAUGGCGCUAUCCACUGGAUCCUCAAAUCGGCCUGUGGAAGCCGAGAACUUGGUUUUCAAUUCAACUCUAGUCGUUAAUGGCGAGGGGUGGGGUAUUGUUGUGCGGACUGGUGACCACACUAUCAUCGGUCAGGUUGCUAAACUCACGUCUGGGGAAGAAGGAAAGGAAGCACCUCUGGCAAAAGAAAUUGCUCGCUUUGUGAUUCAAAUAUCCUGCAUUGCCAUCAUAUUUGCUAUAGUUUUUCUUCUUGUUGGGCUUACUACUGUGUACAAGGGUCAUCCCGACCUCACUGUGACCUUUGCGGUCUCGGUGCUUGUUGCGUUCGUCCCAGAAGGACUACCAUCUGUGGUAACACUGCUUCUGUCAAUCGCGGCAAAACGCAUGGCGAAUCAGAAUCUUACGAUGCUCGCUACCGACAAAACGGGAACGCUUACUCGAAAUCAAAUGACUGUCACCAAUCUAUGGAGUGGUUUACGAAUGUUCUCUGCAUUCCAGUCUAAUAACGAUGAUACGGAAACUACCCAAUUUGAUCUGAAUGCUCCAGGGAUGUCGGAAAUGGUCGACAUCGCGGCCUUGAAUUCUCGCGUCAAAUUUGACAAAACCGAUGUUCCUUUCGACAAACGAGAAAUUCUUGGUGACGCCACUGAAACUGGAUUAACUCGUUUUUCUGGCAAAUAUCUUGGUACCAUGUACGAUGAAUACCAAAAGAAGUUUCCCAAAGUAUUCGAAGUCCCUUUCAACUCUACUAACAAAUGGGCAUUGGUCAUUGUCGAAAAACCCCACAAGACUGGGCUUAUGACUUCACUCAUCAAAGGAGCCCCGGAACGAGUUCUCGCCAAAUGCUCGACCUACUUGAAAGACGAUGUAGAAGUCCCUAUCACAGAUGAAUUCAAGGCUGCCUAUGAUGCUGCUUACAACUAUAUGGCUUCCCGUGGCCAUCGUGUCAUUGCUUGUGCCCGGUCGUUACUCGAUGAAGAGCAAUAUCCCGUUGAUUUCACAUUUUCAAGAAGUGAUGCAAACUAUCCUAGCGAGGGUUACUGCUUUGUGGGACUGGUGUCUCUGGAGGAUCCUCCGAAACAUGGCGUUCGCGAGGCUAUUGGCACUCUCCGUCUGGCUGGAAUCAAGGUCAUGAUGGUUACAGGUGAUCACCCAAAGACCGCUGAAGCUAUUGCACGCAAGAUCAAUCUGAUCCUUGGUCAUACAAGAGAAACUUUAGCAGCAAAAACUGGGCGAUCGAUUGAAGAGGUUUACGAGGAUGAAGUUUCUGCGGUGGUCGUACAUGGGGAUGACAUUGAUAAUCUGCAAGGGUGGCAAUGGGAUCAAAUCUUUUCUAAGGACGAGAUUGUUUUUGCUCGUACAUCUCCCAAGCACAAACUCGAAAUUGGUCGGACGGGUGAUGGCGUCAAUGACUCUCCUGCUCUCAAACGGGCAGACCUCGGGAUUGCGAUGAACAUAUCCGGCUCUGAUGUGUCAAAGGAGGCUGCAAAAAUGAUACUGUUAGACGACAACUUUGCGUCUACAGUGAAAGGUGUGGCCGAAGGACGACAAAUUUUUGUCAAUCUAAAACGUUCAAUUCAAUACACCAUUUCGCAUAGUACACCUGAGGUCAUUCCCCAACUACUUUACGUUAUCGUUCCCAUCCCUCUCCCUUUAUCGGCGAUUUUGAUUCUAGUCAUUGAUCUCGGAUUUGAGCUGUUCGUUGCUCUGUCGUUUGCUUGGGAUAAGCCAGAAACUGUAGAUGGUUUGAUGCGUAUGACCCCUCGUAAACCAGUGAAUGAAGGGUCUAUUGCCUCGCUCAAGAGACGGGCUCUACGUCGCACAAAAACCCUUCGCCGGGACUCGGAAACUCAGAAUAUCAUACCCCCGAGCAAGCUUUCCAAGCUAGCCACAAAAUUUACCAAGCCAUUCACCAGAGAAUACUGGGAGGAUGUCAUGGAACCCACAGACAACGAGGACUUGGUCGAUCUGAAGCUGUUGAGUUACUCAUAUCUGGAAGCUGGUUUGAUUGAAACACUCGGCGGGCUGGUAGCAUACUUCGUUGUCUUCUUCAAAAAUGGUUUCAGCCCUAGCGAUCUGAGGAGGGCUCAACAAGCUACAGUGUAUUUCGUCAAAGGCGCUCCAGAUUUUAUCAAUAGUCGAGGACAAACGAUCAACGAUGCUCAACAGAUUGACGCAUUAGGCCAAGCCCAAUCCAUUGUAUAUCUUUCUAUUUUUAUUAUGCAAUGUUUUAAUGUCUUUGCUGUAAAAGCCAAAUUCUCUUUUCCGUUUGGGAAACGUAUACUGGGAAACAAAUGGAAUUUCGCGGGUAUCUUAGGUGGGGCCUGUUUGGGCAUGUUCAUCGUGUACACUCCCCCGUUGCAUGUCGUCUUCGGUGGAUCGGUUCACCUAUCGCCACUGUACUGGCUGAUCCCUGUCGCUUUCGGUUGCUUGCUUCUUGUCUGGACAUCUAUUCGAGUGGUGUUACUAAGAAAGAGCAUUCAGAGCUCAAGAGUGAAGGACAUAAAAGGAUUGAUGAUGUUCCCUACGAUGCGCACAAUGAGUAUGCGGUCGAAACAUUGA